AAAUCAUUUUGUUUUCGACUUGUUGUCUUCAACCUUUCGAAGACACAAAAUUGAAACCCUAAUUGCUUAGAGAAGCUACAAUGGCGUCGGCGAAGCGAUGCCACUACGAAGUGCUUGGUGGUAUCUCUCGAGAUUGCUCACCGGAAGAAAUUCGAUCAGCUUACCGGAAACUAGCCCUCCAACGCCACCCAGAUAAGCUCGUCAAAUCAGGUCUCUCUCAAGCCGAAGCCACCGCUCAGUUUCAGGAGCUACAACACGCUUACGAGGUCCUCUCCGAUCCAAAGGAACGUGCUUGGUACGACUCUCACCGUUCCCAAAUCCUCUUCUCUGAUCCUAAUUCCCACUCUAAUUCCGUCGUCCCUGACCUCUUCUCGUAUUUCUCAAACACCGUCUAUUCCGGUUACUCAGAUUCUGGUAAAGGAUUCUACAAAGUUUAUUCCGAUGUAUUCGAUAAAAUUCAAGCUAAUGAGAUCAAUUUCGCUAAGAAAUUAGGUUUAGGAAUCGAUUCUGUUAGACAGGCUCCUCUUAUGGGGAAUUUAGAUAGUCCCUAUGCUCAGGUUACGGCUUUUUAUAGUUACUGGUUGGGAUUUUCGACAGUUAUGGAUUUUUGUUGGGCGGAUGAGUAUGAUGCGAUGGCCGGUCCAAAUCGGAAGUCUCGGCGGUUAAUGGAGGAAGAGAAUAAUAAGGUGAGGAGGAAGGCUAAAAGGGAGUAUAAUGAUACUGUUAGGAAAUUGGCUGAUUUUGUGAAGAAGAGGGAUAAGAGGGUUAUUGAUAUGAAGGUGAAGAAGAAUUUGGAGAUGGAGAAGAAGAAAGAGGAGGAGAGGGAGAAGAAAAUGAAGUUGGAGAAGGAGAAGAAGGAGAGGGCUAUGGCUUAUGAGGAGCCUGAGUGGGCUAAGGUUGAUGAAGAAGAAGUUGAGGAUUUGUUUGAGGAGGAUGAGUUUGAGGGGAAGAAAGAUGAGAAGGAGUUUUAUUGUGUGUUGUGUGGGAAGAAGUUUAAGAGUGAGAAGCAAUGGAAGAACCAUGAGCAAUCCAAGAAGCAUAAGGAGAAAGUUGCUCAAUUUAGGGAUUCACUUGAGGAUGAAGAGGAGGAGUUAGAAGUUGAGGUGGAGGAGGAAGGAGGAAGUGAAAGAGAAGGAGUUGGAGAGGAGAGAUUGGAAAGUGAGGAGGAUGGAACUGAGGUCAAUGAGGAUCAAGUUGGAGAGACUGAUUGUGGGGUUGAUGAUUUGGAGGAGAGGAUUCGAGAUGGUCUUAAUGUUGCUGAUGAGGAGAAUGCACAUGGGGUUGAACCAAAUGCUGAUAAUGACGAUGAUGAUGAAAUUUUUUAUGCUCCACAUGCAAAUGAGGGGGAGGAGGCUGGUGUAUCAGUUGAUUAUGAUGAUAAUGAUGAUGACAACGACAAUGAUGAAAAUGGUGUUCUUGAAACAAUGAUUGCUGGGCACAAGGGCAGAGUUGAUUUUGAUGAGAAUGAUGGUGAUGGUGAUGAUGAUGACGAAAUUGGGGUUCUUGAAGCAAUGCUAGCUGGGCGCAAGAGCAGAAAACCCGGUGCAUCAAACCCCAAGUCCAAGGCUUCUGUAACUCCAACUCAAAUGGAGAAUGAGAAUGAGAGUGAUGAUGUUGGUGCAAUGGAAUAUAACAACAGAAAGGUCACAAGAAAGAAACGUAGAGCCAAGAAAGAGAAGGGUGGGAAAAAUGGGGAUGAAUCUCAUGUGCCUGCCAAUGGCAAAUAUGAGAAUAUAAACAGUAAUGGAAAUGAUGAUUCUUAUGCACAAGAGUCUAGCUCCCAAAAUUUCGAAGAAACUGAGGAUAAUGGUGGUAAAGAGAAUGAGCAAAUGGGUAGAGAUAAUAAGAAGAUUUCAAAUAAACCAGUUGAUAAAAAAGCAAUUUCAAAGGACACAAAAACCAAAGCAAAAAUUUCAUCCAAAGGAAGAAAAGCGAAGAAUUCUUCGAAGAAUCUUGGCCAUUUCUGUGAGACAUGUGAGGAGGAGUUUGAGUCAAGGAAUAAAUUACAUAAGCAUCUGAGUGACUCCGGGCAUGCGGCAAUAAAAAGUCGAUAAGGAAACUACAGUGAUGUUUAUUCGUUUCAACUGUAUCAUGGUUCAUAGUGGUUUUCCAGAUCCAGACAUUGGAAAACUUCAAAUUUUGGUCCAUUCUUUAUUUUUUCACUCUAGUGUUCAGAUAAAUUGUAACACAGCCUUCGGCAGAAAGCAUGUUGUUUUUUAUGCCACAGUUCAGAAGGGUAUGGUUACAGGCCACUGUACCAUUGUAAUUUGUAUGUCGACAACUUUUUGAUCAAUUAUACCUCCCAGAGUGUUUAAAAAGCCAAUGAAGUGGUUUUCUUAGUAAUGUAGUUUUUCAGUAUGGAGCGUCGUUGGAUCUGCCCUUUUGUGUCUUUGUUGGAGUUCAUUCUGUUUCCUGUUAACAUUAGUGAAAUGGAAUCCUAGAUUGAACAUGCCCGUUUUCCGGAUUAUUAAUAAAAUUAAUUCAAGUUUUUUCA